AUGAUGAGCAAAAUUCCAGUUUAAUAUAUCCUAAAUAAGUUUUAAGACUUAACAAAAAUUGAAAUUGAUUUUUAAUUUCAUUUUAUAAUUCUUUCCCAAAAUUUUGAUGAUCCAUAAUUAGAAAACAAUAAAGGCCAAAAGUAAAAAUCUAAGAUUUGGGUGUAUAUGGAAUAAAAUUAAGAAGAAAGUCAGAUUGUUUUAUAAUAAGAUAUUUUAGACUAUCUGCUUUGUUAUGAGGAAUAAGAACAAACUGGCCUAGUUUCGAUAUUGAGGAUAUUAAAGUAAAUUGGUUUUAAAACAGAGAUCGAUAAAGUUGUUUUAACAAAUACUUAUUUCUUGAGCAUAGAAUCUAGCGAAAAAAUAGAUAUCAUUUCAACACAAUAUGAAAUAGUUUAUUCAAAAAAUAAAAAAUAAAUUUUACAUGAACAAAAAAAUCAGAAUUUAACCGACCAAAAAAACAACUAAAUUAAAAAAAAAUCAAAUAGAUUAAUAGACUAAAUGGUUAUUUUGAAUAAAUUAUUUGAAAAUCUAUAUAAAAGUUAAUAAUAAAUGAUUAUAAAUUGA